UGAUGGCCCUUAUGCAGAAGUCUGUGCGGCGGCCCUUAACAUCCAUACACCUGCGAGCUGUUUAAGGCAGUGCGGACUCAUCGCCGAAAAAAUUUUCCACCAAAACAUCGUUUUAUUUCUUAUUGUGGAGGACACGGGGGUUAAUUUUGCGAUUGCUUGACGUCGCGUGAGUUCUUCACCCCUUCAAUAUGAUUAUAACGUUGAAAAACUUACAGCAGCAAACGUUCACGAUAGAGAUCGACUCGUCGCAAACUGUCAAAGAUCUUAAGGAAAAGAUCGAAACACAGAAAGGUUUUCCGGUCGAACAACAAAAGUUGAUAUAUGCUGGGAAAAUAUUAGCGGACGAGCAGCCUUUAACAGAAUAUAAUAUUGAUGAGAAGAAAUUUAUAGUUGUUAUGGUAACAAAGCCUAAGGUUGGUGCUACACCUAAAACAAGUGAAGAGCAGCGCACAGAGGGUGAUAAGAAGGAGGAGUCCACUAGUUCAGCAACUACACAACCUAGUUCAAACCCUAAUGUUCAGGAUACUACACGAGCAGCUAGUAAUGUGCAAGAGCAAUCCGCAGCAGCUGCACCAGCGGCUGGUCAAGCAGAAAGUGCCUUGCUAAUGGGAGAAGAUUAUAAUACUAUGGUAAACAACAUCAUGGAUAUGGGGUACGAACGUGAGCAGGUUGUACAGGCGUUGCGUGCGAGUUUUAACAAUCCUGAUAGAGCUGUCGAGUAUCUCCUAACGGGUAUACCGGCGCAACUCUUUGAGGACCCACCCGAAGAUCCCCCGGAGGCUCAAGAGCAACUUCAGGAUCAGAGUCAAGAUCCGUUGGCCUUUUUGCGUUUGCAACCACAAUUUCAACAGAUGCGUCAAGUCAUUCAACAAAAUCCACAGCUGCUGAAUAAUCUUCUUCAACAAAUUGGUUCCACUAAUCCUGCCCUCUUACAGCUUAUUUCUCAAAAUCAGGAAGCGUUUGUACGCAUGCUCAAUGAACCUGUGGAACCUACUACGGGAACGGGGGCACGAGUUUUGCCAACAUCCGGAGGAGGCAUAGCACCUGCGGCUGCUGCUGCGGCUGCAGUGGGAGGUGCUGUGAACGGUGGAGCUGGUACAGGUGCAGCGGCGUCUGGUUUAAUACAAAUAACACCACAGGACAGAGAUGCCAUCGAGAGGUUGAAGGCAUUAGGUUUUCCAGAACACUUAGUCGUGCAAGCGUAUUUUGCCUGUGAAAAGAACGAAAAUCUCGCUGCUAACUUCCUACUUUCGCAAAACCUCGACGACUGAAUCACUCGCAUCACUGAUUUUGCGCGUUUACGAAUAAAAAAGAACAGGACUGACAGAGGGUGGAUGAUCGCACCAUUAUCAUUUUUACCUUUAUAAUAAUCAUCUUUAUUUUGUAUAUAGAUAUACACAAUAUCUAUGCUAUUUUAUUUGUUGUGUAGAUAAAGCCCUGGUGUGUUUGGUAAGCGAUCGAAUCUGAAGAUAAGCGUUACCACAACAUUGCAUAUAUAUCAACUCUUUUAAGCAUUGUUUCAUACUUUUAAAAAAUCAUUUCAUUUAAUAUGUAACACAUGUUUAUAAGAGAAGAAUUGUUGCUUACAGCAGACGGUGUUAUAAAAUCCAUCCUUACAGCCUACAAGUGCUCUAAGAUCUUAUAUUUCUUUAAUAUAUAUAUAUGGAGCAAUAUAACUACAUUUUUAUAUGAGAAAGCCUUACAAGCCUUACUAUGCAGAAGAAUAUCUUGCAGUAGUUAUGUAUUGAGGGUCGGGCAUAUAUAAAUUAAAGAUGUGUUCUCUCUCGCGUUAAGGUAUGUUUUAUACAUAUCUAAAUGUUCGCGCAUGUACGUAUGAUAAGUGCGUUUUGUACAUUUCCUGGCUUUCUGAUAUAAAAAUUAUAAAAUAUAUUUGUUUGGGCAUGUGUACUUGCGUAUAUUCGUAUUUACGUGUGUAUGUGAAAAAAUUUUUUUACUUUUAAAUGAUAAUAUCAAAAACUGAUUUAAAAAGCUCUCUUGCAUGCCACAUUUUCGUAAAUUGUAAAGUUGCCGUAAAAAAAUAACAUUCAUAAAGGAGGCCUAUUUGAAGUUUUGUAAAUAAACGCAUAGAACAUUGGAAAAAUUAUUUGUGGUUCUAUUGUGUGCGUCAAUUUUUAUAAUGUUAUCGGAUAAUUUUUAUUUACUUUAUUCCGAUAAGUUAUUUUAUUUUAUCGGCAGUAAAAGUAAAUGUUUUGAUGUUUUUGGAAAAACUUAUAUUGAUUCAUUAUUAUCAAAUAUAAAAAAGAUGUUAUCGUUUGCAUUACUAAUCUACAUAAAUUUCAGACAUGUUUUUUUUAAUAAAAUAUUUAAUAUAGAAUAAUUUUCUAAUUUGUCUGUUGUAUUUUAAAGUCAAAAUAAUGUUUACUCUUACUGCCAUCAAAAUCAAACAAAAUCUAACAACUCAGAGAAAAACUAAAAUUUCUCUAAUGAGAAUUAUCAAAGAUAACGUAACAAAACUACACAAAUGAUUUUUCUUUGCAAAGUGUUAUCUAUAUAUUUAUUUACAAAACUUCAGAAAUAAUCCUCAUAUAUAAUUUUUAUCUCAAUUUAUUCGGAUUACUUAUUUUGAUAAUAGUUCAAUAUCACUUAUUGUUAGAUUUUGCUAAUAGCAAUGUAUUUUGCUUACUCAAUAAAAAAAAAUUAGAAUUCAUAAGUCAAAUAAAACAGAAUAAUCUUGAAAUUAUAAGUACUUGAAUAUUAAUUGUUACACAUACAUAUAUUACAUUAGAAUUUUAUAAAAAUUAAAACUAAGAUAAAACAAGUUAUUAAAAACUUUAAAAUGCCCAGAUGUAUUUUUCUUUACAUAUUUUUCUUACAAAAUAAGACAAUAUUAUCAUGUUUUUUUACAAGAACAAAUUCAACUUGCGUGUCACAUAAUGACAUACAUACAUAUGUACGUAUUUAUGCAGUUACACAAAUAGGAAAUUCUUAAUUUUUAAAUUUGUACCAUACAGUUACUUAUUAAUAUCAUUAAAACAAUCAUAUUGAAAAAAUUUCCAUCGCUCUACAUAUUUAGUGCAAGAACAAUAUAAAAGAUUAUUCGUUGAAAAGUUAUAGUAACAAUGCAUAAAAUUCUAAUCUGUUUAUUAUGACUCGAAUUUUAUCCCCUUCUUUUUUUUUAUAAAAAUAGAGAAAUUAUUAAUAAAGAAGAGCUGCUGUUAAAACAGAACACAAUCUCUGUUGUGUGCUCAACACACUUGUAAUACAUAGUAUAAAUGAAUAAAUUACGAUUUCCACAAAUA